GCGGGGAGCGAUGCGCUUGUAGCCCUAUAGCCUGUGCCUCCCUGGCAGCUGCCCAACUGCAUCUCCCGCUUCUGCUGCGGGGAGUGAUGGGAGUUGUAGUGUAGCAGCCGCAGGGCCGCACACUGAAUAUACCUGAUAGGGUUAUUAUAUCUGAGAAAAUGGGGGUGGGGAAGAGAGAUGCAGAAGUGACCCCCUGUGUGCCCCGCUGGGUUACCAACAAGUAACAUGGCAGCCCGACUCGUCCAGCGCUGUUCCCGCCUCCUGGCUGCCUCUACUGCCUAUGCACCCGCUACUCACACUCACAUCCAUGAAUGCAUGAAAGUGUGCCAUCCAGCCCAGCCGGUAUUGCCAUGCAGCUCCCUCCACAGCUCCAGCCUUUGCAGGCACAAAGACAAAGCCUUGACCAAAGAGCAGACAGUCAGUUCUGUGCCAGAGCAUGGCAAGUUUGAAUCCGUGCUGGAGUCGCUCUCGAGCGUAGAGGAGUUGCUGCAGCUGGGAGUGGAUCGGGAGAUCAGCGGCAAUCAGGCAGCCAUGAUAAUCACCCAGGUUUCCAAAGUACUGAUGGAGUCCAAAGCCCAGGGGGGCAGCGUGGUGCAGGAUGAGCGCUUCCAGCAGCUGCUAGUGCAGGCACAUAACCAGAUCUCCACUAUCUGGAACGGGAAUCUGGUGUCACUGCUGAAGAGACUGUACAUACUGGGCAUAAGGGAAGACAACAAACAGUUGCAAGCGGUGGAGAAUGAGGUCCGGUGGCGCUUGCGGAGGCUCAGCUUUAAGUCUCUCGUGCAACUGUCUGACCUGUACGUCACAUUCACUCGCAGCCCCGAGCAGAAGCACCUGGUUAGUGACCUGGUGAAGAACUUGGAACUGCGGUGGACGGAGAUUGAAGAUGCAAAAAGCGUGGUUACUUUAAUGACCCGGGUGGGCUUCAUCUCGAAGGCCCUUAUGGAAAAGCUGGAGGACAAGGCUUUAGAAUACGCAGAGCAAUUCACCCCUGAUGAGAUGAGGAAGGUGGCGCUGGCUUUAGCAGCACAGAACCGACGCACAGUUCCCUUGCUCAGGGCCCUGUCUUAUCAUCUGGUACAGCGGCACAUUGGCCUGAGUCCUGCUGUAGUGGUCGACUUGGCAUUCGCCUAUGGAAAGCUGAACUUCCACCAGACACAGGUUUUUCAGAAGAUGGCCAGUGACCUUCUGCCCAAGGUGCCAGAAAUGAGUGCCAAUGACAUUGCCCGCUGCGUCAAGUCAUUUGCCUACCUCAAGUGGUCCAACCUGCCUCUGUUUGAAGCCUUUGCACAGGCAAGCAUCGACCAGUCGGAGAAGUUUACUGUACCUCAGCUGUGUAACCUUGUCCUGGCAUUUGGCCGCCUGAACUUCCAGCCCAGCAAGCGGGAGGAGUUUUACAGCAUGAUGCACCAGAAGCUUCACGCCGAGCUGGACCUGCUGGAUCCCUACCUCCUAGUGGACAUCGUAUGGUCCCUGUGUGUCCUGCGACAGGUCGACUCCUCCUAUAUAAGCAAAGUGCUAGAGCCGGGACUGUACAGCAGGUUCUUCACCGACAGUUCCCCUAGAUCUGCUAAUUACAGGCUGAAGCUGGCGCACAUUAAUGCCACGGCGCUUCUGGAGCAUCCGGAGUACACAGGCCCUCACCUCCCCAAUGAGUCGAUAAGCACAACCCAUGCGGUUACUGCCAACAGGAAGUUGUCCCCUCUGCAGAGCGGCCUGCAGGAAGUGCUCCGAGAACUGUUCCCUGUGGAGGGGACGUGCCGCUGCGGAGUGAAUACAGUGUAUGGCUGGUAUAUUGACGGUGAGGUUGUUCUAGACAGUGACAACAAACCCCUAUCCCUAAUGGAUCUAGAAGCACCGCACCUUCCGCACUCGCAGGGGAAGAAGCCUUUGCCGGAAGGAACCCGGAGGUUUGCCUUUGUGGCCUGGGAUUUCCCCAAUUUUAACUCUCGCAGUAAAGAUCUGCUGGGCCGCUUUGUGCUGACCCGACGACACCUGCAGGCUGCUGGCUUCUUGGUGGUGGAGGUGCCUUACUAUGAAUGGCUGGAUCUGAAAUCCGAGUGGCAGAAGUCGGCCUACUUGAAGGACAAGAUAAACAAAGUGGUGGCUGAGGAGAUGGCCAGAUGAGCCCCACACAGGCCAGGAAGGAUGUAUUGUGUAAAUAUGGAUGCCCUUGUACUGCCGGACACAUUGGCCCCUUUCUGCCAGAGAGGCCCCCAAGGACUGGGACUGAAGGGCUGUAUAUAUUUUAGCAGAUUCUGUAUUUUAUUUGAGAGAGAUUGUUGGUUCCUUUGUGGGAACGCGCGGCUGCCUGACAUUCACAGCAGCUAUGUACUAAAAAGAAAAAAAAUACAAAAACGGUAAAAGAAAA